AGCCCGGCCGCGGCCCGGGAACUUCCCAGACGCCGAGUCGGGAGCGCCGGCCGCGGGGUCAGCUCGCGCCCCUGUUCCGCAGGUGUGCGGGGCUUGCGCCCAGCCCCGGCCGCCGCGCGUUUCCGCCCCGCCCGGAGGCCCCGGGCCGCGCUCCUCGCUGGGCUCCGGCCCCGCCGCGCCCCCUCCACGCCCCCCGCGCGCCGCGGCCGCAACCAGAGCGUAUCCUGAGCCCGCCGCCCGCGCCCGGGGCUGCCGGGGAAGUUGGGGCGAGGCGGGCCGGGGAUGCACCAUGGCCUUGGCCCGGCUGGGCUCGUGGCUCGGGGAGGUGCAGUGGCUCGCGCUGGUGUCGCUCUUCGUCGCGGCCCUGGCCACGGUGGGCCUGUACCUGGCGCAGUGGGCGCUGGCCAGGGUGCGACCCCAGCUACGGCGGCCGGCGCUGGAGCCUGGCGAGGGGCCGCGCCGGGGGUCCGACGCGCUGCUGUCCUGGAUCCUGACGCUGGGCAGCUGGAGGAGCCAGUGGCAGGCGGCCUGGGUGACCGCCCUGAACGAGGAGGCCGAGAGGAAAGGGGGCCCGCCUUUCCUGUCCUUCGAGGAGGACCCACGGCAGCAGCCCCUGGAGCUGGCGGUGGAGGCGGUCUCCAGUGUGCUCAGGUCUGCGGAGGAGAAGGUGGUGGUCUGUCACGUGGUGGGCCAGGCCAUUCAGUUCUUGGUCAGUGAGAAGCCUGCCUCGGGUGCUGGAUGCCGGCUCUAUGACGUGCGGCUCUCCCCAUUCCAUUUACAGCUGGAGUUCCACCUGAAAGAGAAGAGAGAGGACCUCCAGAUUAGCUGGUCCUUCAUGAGUGUGCCCGAAAUGGCCAUUACUGUCCAGCCCAAAGCACUGGGGGAGGACCAGGUGGCCGAGAUGCGCACGGUGUCGGACACUCUGAAGGACCUCUUGAAGCAUUUGGUUGGUUCUGCCUCUCCAUCAGUGCUUCUGAUCACCAAGCCCAUGAAUGUACAGGAAGCUCAGAACUUAGAGUGUGCUCCGUCGACUGCUGAGGAAUCCUGUCCUCCCAAACCUCCGCGGGCUCACGAGCUAAAGCUGCUGGUGAGGAGCAUCCGCGCCUUCCUGCUCAGCGAGCCUGAUGCUUCAGGCCACAUUAACACAGUGUGCGUGGUGCAGCUGAACGAUCCUCUUCAGAGGUUCUCCAGCACCCUGACGGAAAACACCACGGACCUCACGUGGGAAGAGGAAUUCACCUUCGAGUUGAAUGCCAAGUCGAAGGAGUUAUACCUGCAGAUUUCAGAGGCUGGGCGAUCCUCAGAAGGUCUGCUGGCGAUGGCGACAGUUCCUUUGGAUUUAUUUAAGAAGCAGCCUUCUGGACCACAAAGUUUCAUGCUGACCAGCGGCUGCUCGGUGCUGGGCUCCGUCACGGCAGAGUUUUCUUAUGUGGAACCUGGUGAAUUGAAAUCCUCGCCCAUCCCUCCCCCUGUUCCUGCUGCAAAAAUAGAAAAGGACCGCACGGUGAUGCCCUGUGGGACUGUGGUCACUACUGUCACCGCUGUGAAGACCAAGCCUCGUGUCGACAUGGGGAGGGCGUCCCCGCUGAGCUCUGAGUCUCCAGUGAAGACUCCCGUCAAGGUGAAGGUGAUCGAGAAGGACAUCUCUGUCCAGGCCAUCUCCUGCCGCAGUGCGCCCGUCAGCAAAACGCUCUCUUCUUCAGACACAGAAUUGUUGGUGUUGAAUGGUUCGGAUCCAGUGGCUGAAGUUGCCAUUCGACAACUCAGCGAAUCUUCAAAGCUGAAACUCAAGUCGCCACGGAAGAAAAGCACUAUUAUCAUAUCAGGGAUCUCCAAGACCUCACUGUCCCAGGACCAUGAUGCUGCCCUGAUGCAGGACUAUGCAGCCUCCGUGGACAGUGCCCACCGGGAGGACGCCCCAUCCCAUCCGGAGGCAGCCACAGCCUCUGCCCCGCUGGAGGAAGCUGAGUCAGCCCAGGCACCCUCUGACCCCAAUCCCCAGGAGGACGAGCUAGACUCCUGGGACUUGGAGAAGGAGCCCCAGGCCGCGGCCUGGAGCGGCCCAGCCCUGCUGGACCCAGACGGUGAUGAGCUGUCAGAGAGCUCCCUGAGUGUCUCGGAGCCGGGUGCCGCCAAAAAGCAUAAAGAAAGAACAUGUCCGCUGCCUGCGCCCACCUGACUCCACCAUUCAGGGGGCAAAAGGACAUCUCAGUGCAGAAGACAGGACUGGGGCGGGGCAGGCGCCAAAGCCAAGCCAUGAGCUCAGGUGACACUCGGCGUUAACUCCUGGCUCUGGCCCCUGUGUGGGCUCCAAGCCUCUCAGCAGAAAUCUCAGGAUGUCCUAAGACCGUCUGUCGGGAAAUCUCAGGGGCUCCUGGGGGGCGCAGUGGUGAGCGCUGCUGUCACUGCCUCUCUUGCCCUCUGUUCUUGAUGCCACACACCACUGGUUCUCAAACCAGCACUUCUCCUCCAGGGGAUAUUGGCAGUGUCUGGAGACACUUUAGCUGUCACAACUGGGAGGCUGGGGUGUAGCUGGCGUCUAGUGAAUGGAGGCCAGGGAUGUCACUCAACACCCUACCCAGCACAGGACACACCCCACAAGGCAGCCUCAAAGUGCAGGACGCUCUGGUCCCAAAUGUCCCUGGUUCCAAAUCUGACAGCCUGCUGUUUGCUAGACUCUCUGCGUCUGUCCUCGUCCCCUCUCUCCCUGUCCUUGCUUUGUGUCCCUCAGCCAUGGUACACCGUGGCCACCCUCUCCCACCCUCUUUGCCAGUGUCGUCAGGAUAGAUGUGGGGAAAAUGGAAAGUCAGGAGAGGAAAGGGAGAAGGAGGAAAUUCCUGGGUGAGAUGUCAGACCCCUUGGCCUCCGUUUGCCCACUGCCUGGCCUUGGGGUGCUUUCUGCCUGGGCCCCCAUCCACAGAGCACGUGGGGGCCAUAAGCUGCACGCUGACCUCUGUGACAGGCUCCUGUGCUCCUGUUAAGAGGCCUUGGCUUGGGUUAUGUCAAAGGUGACCUGGUCACCUGACCCGCACACCUGAGGCCUAUUCUUUGUCUUGGAGAUGGUGAGUGCUGGGCGAGGUGGGACCCACAGGGUGCAGGGUGGGACGUCUCCUCCUCUCCCUUCCCUGACUCAGUGGCCCAUUUCCUCUUGUCCUGGCAGCACCCAGCCCCACAUCUGCCCUCCUCAUUCCUUCUGAAAUGCCAAGCCUCGCUCACCCUGCUCAUGCCAAGAUUUGUGUUCCUUCACCCGGCCCUUCCUCCUUCCUCUGUCUGCUUUCCCUCCUGGCGAGGCCUUUCGCUGGGUUUCCAUCCUCUCUGUGUCAGCCACCCUGCUCCUCUCCCUUCACGGGCUAGGUGGAUGAAGGGUCCUCCCAACUGUUUCAGGACUGGGUGUUAGGCAGGUGUGCUGGGAGCUGGGGCUGGCCGCCCGCACCGCCUGCGCGGAGCUCCCCGAGGCUUGGCUUUUGGGAAGGCAGCAGAGAGGCUCAGCUAUGCAGUUCGUCUGGCCCUGCGUCUGUACUGCAUUGACCAAAGGUUUUUUAACAGGACAUACUUGGCAGCGGUUUAAAAUUUUUCCUUCCAGUGUUUUUUUAAAAGACUCAUACUCAGCAUCUCUGUGAGAUGUUGUCACAGCCUGAGAGAUUCUGUGUUAUGAGUACCAAAUAAUUUUCAUUUUUUGACCAAACAUUUCUCAAAACUGGUAAUAGAGGGUGUCUUUUUUAAAAACUAAAGAUUUUAUUUGUUUGUUUGUUUGUUUGUUUAAGAACUGUCUGUAUCUUCUGCCUGAGUGAGGAGUUUGUAUUAGGUUUCUGAGAGUGUCUGUGUAUUUAGAACUCUCAGGGAGGUUCUGCUGGUUGGAAAUGGACAUAUUGUGAUGCUGCAGCCAACACAGGAAAUGUAGUCCCCAAAUUCUGAUCUACUUUUAGUUUACAAAAAGAUCAAUGAAGUUGGCCACUGUUGUGGAUACUCAGCACCACUGAACUGUGUAGCUAGAAAUGGUUACAAGGGUAAAUUAUAUUACCGCAAGUAAGGACAAAAGUUUCAAGGGAGGUUUUGGGAAAAAAAAACCAAACUGAACAGUAGAAAACCUUGCCAAAUGUCCCGCACAGUGACUUCCCGUGUGCGUGUGAUUAGACGGGUCACCAAAUGUCCCGCACAGUGACUUCCCGUGUGCGUGUGAUUAGGCAGCUCAGAACCCUUGCCCACGUCCACUCUGAUGUUGCUCUUGCAUAAUUCUGCCUCUUCUCUUCAUCUCCUGCUCAUUCCCCUUAA